AUGUCAGAUUCCGAAAACUCUGACACGAAGUCACCCCACAACACACCAAAAGCCAAUUCAACCAACACAAACUUCCUAAUGGAAUUUGCUGCCCAAUUUGCAGAAUUCCUCAAAAAAAGUCUCAGAAAUCCCGAAAAAUCGGACUCAUCAUCGACCUCCCAACCACCAAACUCAAACCAACCUGAAUCCUUUGGAGAAAUCUCCAUCAAAACCAAACUCAAUGGGGAUAAUUACCCCCUAUGGGUCAAUCUCAUGGAACGAGCAAUUGGGGGGAAGGGAUUGACCUCUCACAUUGCUGGAGUUUCAAAACCUCCCCCAAUCGACGAUCCCGGAUACACGAAAUGGCAGCAACGGGAUCACUGUGUAUUCAACUGGAUCAUCAACAACCUCGAGAUGGAACUUGUAAAUGAGGUAUCAAGAUACGCGACAGGCAGGGACCUUUGGGAAGGUCUGGCGGUCACCUACGGAAGUGGGUCUGAUCCAUUUCAGAUCUACGAUCUGCACAGACAAGCUAUGACAAUAAAACAGGGAAACUCGACCUUGGAAGGCCUAUGGAACAAGAUGCAAGAUUUGUGGAUAUCAAUCGAUACCCGAGACCCCAGCCCAACCGACGUGGAGAACUAUAACAAGCGAGAACAGCGUCAUCGCUUAUACCAAUUUCUGAGUGCUCUAGAUGACAGAUACGCAAACAUCAAGAGGGAAAUCAUGGAUAAGGACCCAUUACCAUCAGUCCGGAAAGCUUACGGAAUGGUACGAAGGCAAGCAAUUAACGACGGCGUUCUCAGAGCCACAAAACCACCAAACAACGAAAUAGGCUUUGGACUCGCUGCCAUCGACAGAAGCCGACCAUCACCGCAGCCCAACCACCCGCCACACACAUCCAAUCGAUCUUGGAACGGCCGAAAACCAGAGGAAGACAAAAGCAAGCUUACCUGCUCCCAUUGUGGGGAAAGAGGCACACCCGAGAAGGAUGCUUCCUCCGAAUCGGCUAUCCCGAGUGGUGGGAUGAGAUAA